AUGAAAGAGUUUAUAACGGGGGAUCCGAUUGGUAAUGAAAAUGACAAAGUAUUCUUUAUCAGGGAUGUGAAUAAGUAUUUCAUUGGACUGCCACUCCUCCGAUUUUUCAAUAAUAGUUGCGAGCAGGGUGUGUUUGGGGAGCCUUCCAUUCUCCCUUUAGGAGAUAAACGAAAAUGGAGCGAUUUUCUGAAGAGAGAACACCCCCAUCAUCUCCGAUAUGCUCGUGAACACUUAUUAGAACACCUAGACCCCUCGCAACUCUUUGCACAAAAGUCCAAUUUGCAGAACGAGUUUAAUACAUUCCUCACGCGAAACUUGGUUACAUUUAUGCACUUAGCACCAUUGUAUGAACAGAAUCAGAGAUUCCCCGAUGGAUUUGAUAAAUUCACCAACAAUGAUUCAUUCAAACUCUUGAGGGAAGCUCGAGAAAAGCAAUCAGUGGAAUAUUCGCUCUGGGAGUCCGGCGUUUAUGCGACUUCGUCAACACCAUGGCACCUCCAUCGAUCAACCCUUCCUUUCACCCCGCCCUCAUCACCUUUGUACAAACUGUACGGCCACCUCUCCGAUCCCGUCCGGAUUUUCACCAUUUCCGGCGAGUUUUCCGGGUACGGAAUCCCACUGAGUGAGGAUUUACUCCAUGCUCGAAUGGUCAUGGAGGCGAAGCUACCUAAUUUUCCAAAGAAGGCUGACAGUCGUGAUGAGUAUGAUGCUCAAUUCAACGACCCUGAUGUUCGUAAUGGUAUUGUGACAUGUGCAGCACUCUCCCUCGAUGGUCAUCAUAUAGCUCUCGGUUUUGGUAGUGGUGUCAUUGAGCUUGCUGAUAUCGAUCAUCAGUGCACGAUUUCCCGAUUCCAGCUCAAUCCACCCAACCAUCCAGUCUGGAUCGAAUUUGUCCAUGGCACCCACCGUGUUGCUGCCGAGGACAAUGAGGGGAACGUCACCAUUCUGACCCACAAUAUGACCCCCGUGAAUCUUGGUGCUCUCCCCAACAGUCCUGCUGCAACCCGAGUAUCAGAUAAUGGAUUAUUCAUCAUACGGGUUCCACGAGACUCUUGGUACAACAACAUGGCUCUCGUGUCCAUUUUGGGUGACCCACACAUGCAGCUCCUUGCUUCUCCUAGCUCCAACUUAGGUAACUUUGGGUUUGGUGUUCCCCAUCGUCGCACGCUUGGGUUUUCUCCAGGAGCACGUUAUAUUGGCGCUUUCGAUGACCUCCGCGCUUUCACCUGGUCGACAGACUCGGGUGAGCUCAUUGCGCACUAUCGUGUGACGGAUCUCAAGUUUUGGAUCAUGAAUCCUGCUUUUCCCCUCGCCUGCCCCCACCGCAUCCCUGAUCCUGUAUUCACUCGACCUACCCUUCCGUUGACAGAAGGUGGCGCAGCAGAUAUACAUCAUUCCGAAACACGUAAUUUGGACGAGUCCUGGAUCAAGUGCCCAUUUUAUGUCCUCUUGCAAAGCGAGGAGGACACAAAGGAGGGGAACGUGCAGGAGGAAGAGAUUUAUUCAUCCGCUGCUGGGAGAGUCCCACUGUUAGGGUCCCAUGGAGGACGCAGGGGGCAACCAAUGUUCUUCAAUGGCGGUGUAGAAUUCAUUAUUCCUGAGGAGUAUCUACCAGGUGGUAUUUCUGGUGCCAAAAGUCUAGGCGCUUGGUAUGGUGAUCAAGCGCCAUUUGAUUCUACCCGUCUGUACAGCCCUCGGUCCAGCAAAGAUGGGACUCGAAUCCUUCUCCAAGGCAGGCAGACAGCUCCAAUUGUUGUUGAUCUUAGCCAAGUCGUUUAA